UACCAUCGUUUCUGGUCCGGACAGCAAACCAUUAUUGUAUUACUUCAACACUUCCCAAAAGCAUUCUUGAGAGGGGAGAGAGAUCAGAGAGAUUUCAUUUUCUUUUCUUGAAUAUAUUGAGAUGGUGAUGAUGAUGAUUGGUGGGUAUGUAACGUAUGUUUUGGGCUGUUUGAUUGCUUCCUUUCUUGGGUUUUUCGUGCUUUUCAACUUCAGAAGACAGGUUGUCAAGAAAAACAAAGCUUCUGGCAUUAAGACGACGCCGGUAAACGGCCAUCGCCGGACGGUGAAAGACGACGAGAGUACCGAUAUCAUCAUCGUCGGCGCCGGCGUUGCCGGUGCUGCUCUUGCUUACACGCUUGGCAAGGAUGGACGCCGGGUUCAUGUCAUAGAAAGAGAUCUGACACAACCAGAUAGAAUUGUUGGUGAGCUUCUUCAACCUGGAGGGUACUUAAAACUAAUUGAAUUAGGGCUUGAAGAUUGCUUGGGUACUAUUGAUGCUCAGAGGGUUUAUGGAUAUGCACUUUUUAAGGAUGGGAGAAGUACCAAAUUGUCUUAUCCCUUAGAAAAAUUUGAGUCUGAUGUCACAGGAAGAAGUUUUCACCAUGGGCGUUUUGUUCAGAGGAUGAGGGAAAAAGCAGCAACCGUUCCAAAUAUAAGGUUAGAACAAGGAACUGUGAUGCGUUUGGUUGAAGAAGAUGGAACUGUGAAGGGAGUUCAAUACAAGAACAAGGAUGGGCAAGAAUUGACUUCAUAUGCCCCUCUUACAAUUGUUUGUGAUGGCUGCUCCUCAAAUCUGCGACGCUCUUUGUGUGAUCCCAAAGUGGAUAUCCCUUCUUGUUUUGUUGGCUUGCUCCUGGAGAAUUGCCAGCUUCCAUUUGUGAACCAUGGACAUGUUAUCCUUGCAGAUCCUUCUCCAAUCCUGUUCUACCCCAUCAGCAGCACUGAAAUCAGGUGUUUGGUUGAUGUUCCAGGGCAAAAAGUCCCCUCUCUGGCCUCUGGAGAAAUGGCAAAUUAUCUGAGAACUAAAGUGGCUCCUCAGAUCCCUCCAGAGCUCCACGAAGCUUUCGUGGCAGCGAUCGAAAAGGGAAACAUCAGAACAAUGAUCAACAGAAGCAUGCCUGCAAAUCCCCAACCCACUCCUGGGGCUCUUCUCAUGGGAGAUGCCUUCAACAUGAGACAUCCUUUGACUGGAGGGGGCAUGACUGUUGCAUUGUCAGAUGUUGUUGUUCUUCGCGACCUUAUUAGACCUCUGCAGGACUUAAACGACGCGCCCACCUUGUGCAAGUACCUCGAAUCCUUUUACACCAUUCGAAAGCCCGUUGCAUCCACUAUAAACACUCUAGCCGGUGCGUUAUACAAAGUGUUCUGUGCUUCCCCUGAUGAAGCUAGGCAAGAAAUGAGAGAAGCAUGCUUUGAUUACCUAAGCCUUGGAGGGAUUUUCUCAAAUGGACCUGUGUCUCUACUUUCCGGUCUGAACCCCAAGCCUCUGAGCUUGGUAUUGCAUUUCUUCGCGGUGGCAGUGUAUGGCGUUGGGCGCCUUUUAAUCCCCUUUCCUUCGCCUAAUCGGCUGUGGUUAGGGACAAGGCUGAUCUCUGGUGCAUCUGGGAUUAUCUUGCCUAUCAUAAGAGCAGAAGGAGUUAGACAAAUGUUCUUUCCAGCUACAGUCCCAGCCUACCACAGAGCUCCUCCUGUUAAUCUAGAGUGAUCAUCAAGAUCUUAUCAUUCUUAUAUAUGUCUUUGUUAUAUGUUUCUUUCUUUUAUUCUUUCUUUUCUCCAGUUAAACUUGAAGCUUGGCUUGUUUAUCCUGUUUUUCUUGGUACUUAAAUGGUUAAAAAGGAUUAUCAUUUCCUGUUGAGGAAACCAGAAGUUUAUUAUCAAGCAUUUUACUGUAUUUAGCCACAGAUAAUUUUACUAGU